CCCGCCUGACUUCCCGGCAGUCGCGCGAGGCCGUGCUCACCUGCCUGCUCUGCGUGCUCAACCUGCGCAAAAAGGUGGACGACGACUGAGGAGCCACGCUCUGGAGACGGAGAAGCGGGUCACCCAAGAAGAGGGCGCCGUUCAGGACUCGGCCUCCCGCAACUGAGCCUCACUGCCAGCCUUGCAAGUAGGUAGCACUGGCCACAACAUCUGUCACCUGGAGCGCCCUUGGACGGGAGAGAGGAGGCGGUCACUCUGCAGAAGGCUCUUCUCAGGCAGGAGGGACUGAACUUCUCCGGAGAAGAAAGCAUUCUGCCCGCCCAAGGAAGAGGGGAGACCGGGGAGUAUUCUGCAGCUGCAAGGCUCUGGGGAGAUUUCAUUUCUGAUCUCAUCUCUCAAGGUCCACCCCCAGGCAAGCUCUGCCAGCUUCAAGGCGCUUAGAAUGAUUUUCUCCUCCUGGCUUUGAAGCCAAGACCAAACUCCCACCCUCAAUCCUGCUCUUGCUGCCUUUUGUUUUCUGCCUAUACUUUCCGGCAAGCUGUUGCCCAGAGGCCUGGAAUGGUGGCAGUUCUUCUGUUCGGAAACCAAGGGGGAUUGGAAGCCCGCUUCCUUAGGACAUCUCACAACAAGCAUCAUAUCCGAGAAGGCUCCUAAGCAAGGCCUUUCGAGAAGUCGCACCGGACAGGAUCUGUGGGGCAAACUCCAUGCAUGUUUGUGGGGGCGCAAAACUGGCUGAACUGAAACCUCAUCUCUGAGAACUUGGCCCUGCAUUUUAUCAUCUGCUGCUAAAGUUCUUUUCUCUUCUGCUGCUUACAGCCGAGCCGUGCAGAUUGUCAAGACUUGUGUGACCCCCACAGUCUCCUGUGGACCCUGCAGGGCCAAUGCUAGGAGAACAAUGUCCGGCAGCACAGCAAGGAAAGUCCAGCCAUUCACAAUUAGCACCAAACUUUCCCUGCCAAAGUGCUCCCUGGACUUCCCAGGGGAUGGUUCCCCCAGUAUGCCUAUAAGCGCACUGGAUAACCGGGACUUGCACCCAAACCUCAAUGAACGCAUGUCACUAUAUUUGGCGCAUGCUUCUCCAGUGUCCCCUGGGGGUAGAUGUGACAGCCCCAGCCCUGUUGAAGAGAUGGACAUCACUGAAGAUGGUCUCAACCGCAAUUCACUGUCCCGCUCCAUCAAGAAGAUCACCCUGUCCAAUUGGCACAGAGUACCUGGUCCAGGUGAGGCAGGAAUGAAUCGAGGACCUUUCCACAACCCCUCUGAGAGGAACUGCAACAACAACAACUCCAGAACAGGAAAGGCACAAUUCAAGGUCUUCCUCAAAAAAGAAGUAAGAAUUGGGGAAGAAAAGCAAGAAGCAAGUAAGCCCCAGGCUGGUUGCCAUGCUUCAGUGGGCAGAGUGGCUCCUGGUCACAUGAUUGCAGGUUGUGCUGCUCCAGUUCACUGGAAGGAGGGUAGCAAGAACACACAAGCCAAUGUCUUUAUGGACCUGAAACCUGGCAUCCAGAGCAACAGAGGACCAGCAGACCUCCACAAGCAGAGCCCUUUCAAAGCUCAGUUCAACUGUGACAUUGUGCAGGCUGAGAAGUGGGUGCAAGGAAAACUCCGAGACCUGAAGGAUGGUUGCAGCAUUCCAGAAUGGGAGCGGGUAGCUCAAACCUUACAGAGAGACAUGAAGGACUUUGAGAACGCCAUGAUCAAAUUGAACCAGAUGGGUGAGGAACUCCUGGUCCAGCCGAACCCUGACGCAGAGAUAGCCAGACGCCUGCAGACCCUGCGAGAACAAUGGCAACUAUUGAAACAGGCAGCAGCAAAGCAGAGCAAAGCAGUGGGUGGACUCAGGAGUCUACAAGAGUUCAACCAAAAAGCAGAGCAACUAGAGGCUUGGAUCAGGCGGAAGGAAGAGAAACCAUUGAUAGACACCCUGCUACAAGAAAAUGCAGACAAGAUUCAGCUUACCCGGCGCAUCCUUGACUUAAAACAGGAAGAGCAGCAAUUCCAGGUUCUUCUGGAGGAAAUGAACAGCCUGGCUCACAAGCUUGAGAAGCAGGGGAAGAGUGAAAGUAGAAGCAUCACGACUCGGCGAAAGCACCUCAAUAAAAUGUGGCUGCAGCUCCAGGGGACACUGAAGGAACAUCACGAGACCCUGCAGCUGGCUCUGGAGGCAGCUGCUUUCCUCCAGCAAGCUGAUGUUCUACUUGGGGCCAUCCACGCAAAGUGGCGGUGUCUCAGUAGAGUGGAGAAACAGAGGGAACAUGAGCCCAGCCCGGAUGUAGAUGUCAGGGAUCUUGCCAGCCAGGUUAUGAUGCUGGAUGUGAGUGUGUCCCAGCUCACAAGCCUCCAUCCCAGCUUGGUGGCACGACUCUCUCUCAAGCACCAAGAUGUCAAGGAGAGCUGGACCCAGCUCCAGCAGCUGCUGAGGAAUGAAAAGCCCCCACUGCUGGCUUUGACAAGAAGAAUGAGGAAUUCCCCAAGUCCUGAUCAGGCACUGACUACCACUACAAGCAAUGCAGGGAGAGAGAUGGGAGAAAACCCAGCAUGGGGGGCGCAGAAGGACAUCCCGGAAAGUACGGCAGAGCAUAUGAGGGCCCAGGGGGGCAAUUCAAGCUCACCAGGAAGGGAGGCCAUCUCCAGCAACGGCAGGAGGAGGAGGAGGCUUCUGCGGCAAGCAAAUACUUUGAAGGAUCCACUCCAGCCAGAGGUCCAGCGUCGGGACUUGGGCCAGGUUGCUGGUGGGGAACUACAGCAGUUGCUGCGUGCUGACCACAGGUGGAGUCCCCAAAUGGAGGAUGCUCUGGAAGAGCUGGAGGACCUCUGGGCAGAGUUAAAAAGAAGGCACCAAGAGAAUGGUGCAGCCCUCAGGGAGAUUGACACAGCUCUGCGCCUGGUUGGGGAGCUAGAAGAGGCUGAGUGCUGGCUUGGAUCAGUGGUGGGGUUGCUUUCUGAGCCAAGAGCAACAAAGAGCCUUGAUGACCUCCGUAGGGACCUGCAGAAGAUUGGCACCCUGGAAAACCAGACUGGGGCCUGGAGGAUCAAGCUUCGGCAACUGCAGGAAGAAAUGCGAAUGGAGCCAUGCACAGAACACACCACAAGCACCAUGAUUCAGAGAAAGAUGGAACGAGUGAAGGAGAAGCUGGUGAGUGUGCAGGAGGCCCUCCAGCGCCGAGCAUCAGACAUGCGUGAUUCCCUGAUUUUAACAGAGUUUUUGCAGGAUGUGGAGCUGGAAGAGAUGCUUAGUCAGAGGAACCUGAAGCAGACAGUAUCUAAGCAGCUUGGUUCGGAAGCGCCCUUGCAUCUCCUCACUGCACCAAGUGCUCAACAGCUGCGCGAUGAGGACAUCAGCAGGCCACUGGAGGAACUGCAGGAAGCAGUGCAGAUGCUGAAUGAUGUAGCAAAGGAACGGGAGCGGGCCAUGGAGGCAGAGACUAAGUUGGAGACUUUGACGGGUGUUGUGCAGGCCUUGAGAGAGGGAAAGGAAAGCAAGCUGGCCUGGGUCACCUCCCGGAUGGACGCUUUGAGGGACAAGGCGGAGACCCUGGCUCAGGACAUCCUCCAGGCAGAGAGGAGCUUUGCCACAGUGAAGAGCGAGCAGGAUCUGCUGGAGAUGCAGGGUCUGCUGGAACGGCAGAAGGAGGUGGAGCACGAUAUGGCUGAGCUGGAAGGGGAUAUGGAAGAGUUGGAGAGAACAGCUACUCAGCUGAAGGAACACUACCCAGUUCAAAUUUCUGAUGAGCCCAGGAGGAUUCUUGAAAGACUAGAGGCUUGGAAGGACCUGCAAAGGCUGGUGCUGAAAAAUGCAGUCCUGGGGCAGCAGACAGUUCGCUUGCAGCAGUUUUUUCAAGACUAUUUGGCCAUGAUCUCCUGGACAGAGGAUACUCGGGCAAAGAUCUUCUCAGAGAGUUUCAGCUCCCAUGGUCUAUCAGAGGCCCAGUGGGGAGAGCUGGAAAAUAACAUAGAGACUAAGCUCAAGGAGUUUGAGGAGCUGGCAGCAACAGGAUGGGAGUUGGUAGCUGAAGGGCACAACUUGAGUGAGACGAUAAAGGAACGAAUGGAGGAGCUGCAGAGCAUGCUGGGAUGGGUGAUGGUACGGUGGCGAGCACAGAGUUCCCAGAAGGAUGCUGGCAGCGAGGAUAAUGGCAGGGGGUCCAACAGAAGCACCACGAACUUGCCCAAGAACUGCCAUAUGCAAGUAGCUCCUGAAACUGGUGUGUCAAAGAAAGAUGGUAUCCUGAGUGCCAGUUUGUCUGAAGGGCAUCCUGUUGCUCUAGGCUCCCUCCAGAAUGGUUUGGCAACAGAGCAAGAGAGUGGAUCGGUCUCUACUGCAAUCCUGUCUACCCUCGAUGUUCUCCCAAAACAGAAGUGGCGCCUGGAAGAAUCGGAAAACCGUGUGCCCUUUGAGAUGGACAUGCCCAAGGAGACUCUAGUGCUUGAACCCUCAGAGACCCCAGUGCUGUUGGUGCCACAGCCAGGCCCAAGCAGCCUGGGUGGCACCGUGAACUUGAUCUUGAGCCUUGGGAAGAAAGCGGGGAGAGAGGUUCUGGGGAGCCAGGUGGGAGCAUCACCAGCAAUGGGACAGGAGGCUGUGCACAAGUACCCUGAAACUAAAUCCUCAGCCUGUAAAACUUUCUGGAAGCGUUGCCAGGGGCUUCUAGGAAAUACUUUGGGUAGUUUAAAGAGAAAGAAAAGGCCACCCCACCGGGCCAAAGAGGUGAGCACCUAUUUGCAUGUGACGGAGAAGGAUGGAGAUAGAGAUGGCGGGAUGUCCCAUGAAAGCUCGACAGCCAGGCAGCAACACGCACCUAAGCAGCAUCUGCUCAGAGCUGCCUCUUCCACACAUCCCAGUACUGGGUGGGGCCCCUCAGCCUUUCAUACUUUGCCCAAGGUCAGCUCUGGCUGCUUCUUGCAGAGCCUGGCUAGAAAAGGUAAAGCGAAGGCAGGAGAUGCCGAGCUGCUCACCUUGCAAGGGAUCUUGGGACCCGAGCCAAAUGCCCUGCAGAUGGUAUCAGAAGAAAAGCCCAGCACUAGCAGCACCUGGCCUCCGAAGUGCAGCAGGUGGGCACAGCGGCUGCAGGCCCUGAGCCCACCCCACAGAGAGCCUGCGGACUACAUGAAGAACCCUUUGGCAGGGGCUAUCGAUGCCGAAUGUGGCUCAGCAGAAGCAUCAGGACAGCAAGUGUUUCCAAGGCAGAGUGGGGGUCUCAGCAGUCCCCAGUCACCCCCAGAGAAGGUCCAUACAUGCCAGCAUCUUCCUCUGGGUUCUGUCCUGAGCCUGGAGCUCCCCAAGGACCCCACUGCCUUAAAGAAUGUGCAUGACGCCAUCAGGGUAGCAAGUGAUGGGGUGACAGGAAGGAAGGGACAAAGCCAGGCCUUUCACGUGGCUCAGGAGAAUGCUGGUGGGGCCAAAGCACAGGCGAAUGUGCAGAGGAGGGCCCCAGGAGGGCAGCUAGCCAUGCACCAAAGGCCCAUCCAGGCAGGGGACAGCCAGCAUGCACAUCCCAAGAAUAAGGAAGGCACAUGGUUUGAAGAGGUGAGCCUCAAUCCAGGCUACAACAGGCAGAAGGCUCACUUCGUUGCUCCUUGUGAAGAGGAUGGGCAGAGCACCAAGAGGCAGAGCAGUUCCAGCGAUGACUUUCAGGAUUUCAAGCAGAACCGGUUAUCCCGUAUCAGCGUACUGCAUGAGCAGAUAGGCUGGGAGUGGGACAAACUCGCUGCCUCGCUGGGGACCACUGGCAGCACUAGCGAGGUGCAGGCAAGAGAUCCAGGUGCCAGGGAGGCUGCUUGGGUGAAGCUGAAACCCUCCCCGGUGAAACAUUCAGGUGGUGGUGGCGGCACUUCCCCCACUGCUCGGGCAAAGGACCUGCCAAUGAGCAAGACACCUGAGGAGGAAGGUCCCCCUUCCUCACUGCCCCCGGGAUUCAAAUCUCCCACCAAGCUGUCUGUGCUUGAAUGUGCACGAGGCCAGCAGGAAAGCAUCCCAGGGUCCUCAGGGCUGGGCCCUCUCAUCCUGGCUGCAGGAGGGAAUGUGGCCGGAGGACCAAAGUUUCAGGACAUGGCAGAGGUUUGCCAUCCUGCCCAUGAGUUGUUUGAAGAAGAGGAAGAGGAGCUGCAGGCCAUAUGGAGCAAUGUGGAGAAGCACAAGAGGAACACAGGUGUCUGUGGUGCUCCAGCGAAGAAAGUGGACAAGGUACAAAGCCCAGACAACUCUGGGGGAAAACUCAUCCUGACAUCAGCAGAUAAUUUGUUGGUGGCCAAGUUCAAGCUUCCUUCCUCUGCCCUAUUGCUGCAAAGCUCAGAAGGAGAAAGUAGGACCAGCAGUGGACUGGACAGGAAGAGCAGUCCAAAUCGUUGCUGGGCAUCUAUAACUUCAUGUGAGGAAGCUUCCAAGGGGGCAGGGCCCUCUCCCAUGGUGCCCCUGCAAAGCAGCUGUCCAGUCGACCAGCAAAAGCUCCAAGAGGAGAGCAGAAGUCUUGGCAAGAUUCCUCCCAGUAAACUUGAGCUGCAGAUGAUGGAAGGAUCCCUGGAAAGGAAGCAUCUGCUACAGCCAGGAGGCAGAAAGGCAAACUGUCGUUCCUGGAAUACAUUCCAUACAGUGCUGAUGAGGCAAACUUUGUGUUUCUACCAGGACAAGAAAGACACUCUAAAGAGCUCUGUGAUGGCCUUGCCACUGAACCUGUCUGGAGCUGUUUGCACCCUAGAAACAGAGUAUACCAAAAAGAACAACUGUUUCACACUACAAUUAAAGGAUGGCUCCAAGUACCUCCUUCGAGCUCCCACCGAGUCACUCAUGAAAGAGUGGAUUACCAAAUUGCAGCAGAACUCUGGUUUAACUGAAGUGGAUUAUUUCCAGUCAGCUUCCCAGACAGGCCAAGGGAUGACCUCUGCAGUUAGUGUAAUCUCUGGCCAUGGAGUUUCCUCCCACUUCCUGGGUCUUAAUCAGAGCCUUUCAGCCAAGACCCAGGAGGCCCUGCAUCUCCCCAGGUCCAGUGUCAGGCUGCAGUUGCCUUACAGGACUCCGGAUGACCCACCGGAUACAACAACAGCAGCACCAACAGGAAGCAGUCACGGAUCCGCUGCUGUUCAUACCACAGAGCACGGUCUGAGGCCCUGCUCGCCGGCAGAGUCUACAAGGUCACAAGACUCUUACAUCUGCCAGGAAGAGGACGGCGGGCUGGUGACAAACAAGAGGCGAUCAUAUUCCUUCACAUCAGCUACAUACCAGAAGAUCACACCUUUGUCCGUGUCCAAAGAAAACCCGGGGGUUGGCAGCAGCUACUCGGUCACACUGUACAUUGGAGAGCAAGCACCUGCUCCCCCCCGACCUCGAUGCCAUUCUUUUAUAGCCUCCCCCAGUGGGGCCUGCGAAGCGUUAGGUGAGAGAAGCCAAGGUGCCUCACCUCGCCAGAAGAACAAGUCCGUCUUCAGAAAGUUCUUUGGGAAGAAAGACUGAGACACCUGAUUGUUCCCUUUAAACCAGCACUGAAUCUUCCUUUGACUGAGCCUGAUGGCUACUAAUGAGCUCUGUUACAUUUCACCAGCUCUUAAAGUUCGCCCUCUGCAUAAAGGGCGGGAUGAGCAAGGAGCCAGAGGUCGGCUGUGCUCAGUGAACCAACCUCUUCAGCCUCAGCGCUGUGCUUCACCUGCUCAACCCUCCUAGGGCAGCCAUCCACGGCGCACCAGCUGAGUGGGCCAGAAGAGGCAAAGGAAAACCCAUUCUUACUGUGGCAGAGUGGUAUAUGCCAACAUCAUUUGGGCCUUUCUCUGUGUCGUUAGAGCACGGGCUUGCUUGGACGUGGAAGCCAGCAGAGGAAAUCAGGCCAAUACAUUCCCAGGCACAUAUGUAUUAAUACUGUAUUUGUAUUCAAAGCAGAAUGGAUGGGGUGUCAUGUUUGCUUCACUGCCUUCUUAACAUGUUUUCAUGAUACAUGAUGGGAUCAAAGAAGAAAAGGUUUCCUUAGGCAUUUAUCCAGGUAUGGGGCCAGCCAAUUUAUAUUUUACUUGAUCUUGUUCUUCUGCCUUUAAUAGACCUGCCCAUUUUGCAUAUAUUAAGAAGUAAUAAUGCUUCUCUUAAUGCUGAGAAAAGUUUCCUCUCCUGCUUUCUGCAGGUAGAGCUGCCGAAUGAACACAAAUGCAUAAGCCAGUUUUUUUCUGGUCUGCUGGCAAACCUAUUCAGACCCAGGGCCUGAACUAAAAGCCUAAGGAAAUAUUCCUUGAGUAAUCUGUACAGUACUGAUUUUGGUUUAGCAUCUACCGGAACCAAGCUGGUGGCAAGGUGGCAGAGGUUCUAGGAAGGAAUGCUUUUAGAAAUCCUGAAAAAUAAUCUGUGUACUAAACCUUUUACUGCUCAAGAAUAC